AUGGAAGGGGCUCAAUCUGCACCACAGAUAAGGCUCAAAAUCAAGCGCUUCGUGCCGCCACCUGUCUACGACAGAGAAGACCCGGAGGAUCCAAGCGCCACCAAGCUUCUGUGGAGCAAUGAGGCCCACGUAGCGCCUUCCAUCUUCAAUCUCAUCUCGAAUGAAGGCGAAUUCGGCGAGGACUACGUGCUGGGCAGUGUGGCCGACUGGGUGCCGCCAGACGGCACCGUGGUCCACGUGCGCGCUGUGCCGGAGCAUCGGCUGCCCGUCUGGCAGCGUAUCAUCUUGAUCGGCCCGCUGGACAACUCGCUCCCCUUCGCCUCGCUCCCUUGCAAAUGCUUCCCGCUGGUGGGCGCCAACGACGAGCCCGCCGCCGCCGCCGCCGCCGCCGAGGUGAACUGGGGCGUCAUUCCCGACUUCGUCGAGUUUAUGCUCCAGAGCGCCGACGAGCACGACAUGCUCGAGGCCAUCCGACAAGAGAUCCGCAGCUCGCCGCUGGGCGUAGACCCCUUCCGCUCCUACGACGAGAAUCGCCACUUCAUACGAGCCUUCAUCGAGGAUGCCACCAAGAGACGGAGCAGGAAUCUGGGACGCCUGGAGGCCGCGAACAGCAUCAUUGUGACCGGGCCGAGAGGCACGGGCAAGUCGGCGCUCGUGCGAGGCCUGGCGCUCGAGGGCGAUCUCCCCGUCGUGUGGAUCACACCCGCCCGGCUGGCCUCGGAGUUCUCCAGUCGCAUGGCCGCCGGCCUGAGCCGUUAUUGCGACGUGGCCCUGCGACUACAGCCGUCCAUCCUUGUGAUCGAUGACAUGGACGCGUUGUUCCCGGCCGAGGAGAUUGGGCGCGAGGGCGAGGAGGACAUAGUGCAUGCUCUCCUGUCGUUCCUCGAGCGCCUCUCCCGAGACGCGCACCAUCGGGUGCUCGUGGUGGGGAUAACAAACCAUUUGGAAGGAGUGGACAAAGGGGCGAGGGAUCGGUUUGAGGACGUGGUGACCAUCGAGGUGCCCACUGCGGAACAGCGCGUAGACAUCUUCCAUCAGUGUCUGCGCAAGUUUGGCGUCCCCCUCGGCGGAGAUAUCAUGGCCGCCUGCCGCGAUGCCGCCCUGUUCGCGCACGAGCGGAGAGCCGGCGGCGCCGACCCCGACAACGUCGUCAACGUCAACAUCAAAGUCACCCGGGCCGACCUGCUCCGGGCGCUCAAGCCCAUCAAGGCCAGCGGCGUGCGCGAGGUGACCGUGUCGCUGCCCCAGAUCGGCUGGCGAGACAUCGGUGGCCUGCAUGACGUCAAGGCCAAGCUGCGGCAGACGGUGACCUGGGCCUACGAGCACCGGGAGGCCUACGGGCGGCUCGGGAUCCAGCCGCCGCGCGGAAUCCUCCUCUACGGCCCACCGGGCACCGGCAAGACCCUCCUGUGCGCCGCCGUGGCGGGCGAGUGUCACGCCAACUUCAUCACCCUCUCCAUCGCCGACCUCUUGCGCUCGGAGGUGGGCGAAUCGGAGAAGCGGCUCGCCGAGGUGUUCCGCAAGGCGCGCCAAAGCAGCCCGUGCGUCAUCUUCUUCGACGAGAUCCAGGCCUUGCUGCUCGAGAUGGACAUGCUCGAGGGCGAAGGGUGCGGCGUGGUCGUCAUGGCGGCCACCAACACACCACAAGUAUUGGAUGCAUCGCUCCUACGUCCGGGCCGAUUUGAUCGCUGCAUCUACGUUGGCCCGCCCGACCAACCCCAGCGUCAGGAGAUCUUGCAUCUGCAAACGCAGAAGAUGCCGUUGGCAUCGGACGUGUCGCUCGAUUUCCUGGCCAUGGUGACCGAGAACUACACCGGCGCCGACCUCAUGGACCUGUGCCGCAACGCCGCUGUCGAGACCAUCAAGCACGGCCGAGAUGUGGUGAAUGCACAAGACUUCAUGGCGGCGCUUCAGAUGACGCUGCCCUCGGUCUCCAAGGAAGAGGCCAAGCGCUUGAGGGAGUGGCGCAUCCACGCGUGA